AUGACUUUUUGUUUGAAAACUUUAAAUUUUGUAAAAAGUUUUUUCCAUAUUUUAUAUUAGAUUAUUUUUACAAAUACUUGAUACUUAAUGGUAUAGAUCUUUCAUCAAAUUAAGAAACCUCUUUAAAAUAUAAUAUGCACGAAAUUGUCCACUAGUUUACGCACGACCUACUUCUUAUAACUAUACUUCUACUCUCAUAUUGAAAUCUUAUUUUCCGAAAAUUAUAUAUUAUGUCUGCAAAGAAACCAAAAAUUACGUCGACGUCACCAAAUUAUAAAAUAUGGUGGACCGCCUUUGCUUUAAUAUGUGGAGUGACUUUUUUAACUAGAUUUUAUAAAGUUUUGGAACCUGAUCAUAUUUGUUGGGAUGAAACACAUUUUGGUAAAAUGGCUAGCUGGUAUAUAAAUAGAACAUUUUUCUUUGAUGUUCACCCUCCACUUGGUAAGAUGCUCAUAGCACUGUCAGGAAAAUUGACUGGUUAUGAUGGAACAUUUCCAUUUGAAAAGCCAGGAGACAAAUAUGAUGAUGCCAGAUAUGAGGGAAUGAGAAUGUUCUGCACAACAUUGGGAGCUUUAAUUAUACCUCUAACAUUUCUAACUAUUUGGGAAAUGACUAAAUCUCUUGAUUCUACGUUUUUAGGAACCCUUCUAUUACUGUGUGAUGUGGGCUUCUUGACAUUAAACAGAUACAUCUUGUUGGAUCCAAUUCUACUAUUUUUCAUGAGUUGUUCUAUUUUUGGAGCAUUUAAGGUGCGGUCACUUACUGACGAAGGAUAUGGCCCUUUCUCCACCCGGAUGCUUGCAUGGCAGACGUUCCUGGGGGCGUCGCUAGCUUGCACAAUAUCGGUGAAGUUUGUAGGACUGUUCGUCGUUCUGUUUGUCGGUUUGAGGACUGUGGCGGAUCUGUGGAAUGUGCUUGGCGAUCUGCAGAAGCCUGUUAGUUUAACAAUAAAACAUUUAAUAGGAAGAAGUAUAACACUAAUAAUUUUCCCUGGUAUGCUCUAUGUUUUCUUCUUCUGGAUUCAUUUGACUGUUCUCAGUAAAAGUGGCAAUGGGGAUGGUUUCUACUCAUCAGGCUUCCAAGCGCGGUUACAAGGUAACAGCUUACACAACGCGAGCGCACCCAAGCUGGUAGCUUAUGGGGCGCAAAUUACGCUCAAAAACCAUCGCACGGGUGGUGGAUAUCUCCAUUCUCACCAUCACUUGUUCCCGGCUGGAGUGGGAGCGAGACAGCAACAGAUAACAACAUACACCCACAAAGACGAGAACAACCGCUGGAUAAUCAAGCCCUUCGACCGUGAGGCGGCAGAUGGCGUGGUGGUGGUCCGCAGCGGAGACCUGGUGCGGUUCACGCACCUCACCACCGGCCGCAACCUCCACUCGCACCGAGAACGCGCUCCCAUCACCACCAAAUGCAUGCAGGUCACCGGCUACGGGGAGGAUGGUGUUGGUGAUGCAAAUGAUGUGUGGAAGAUUAUAAUAUCUGGCGCCAAGGACGGUGAAGAAGUGCAAACAGUAAGGAGCCGGUUGAUGAUAGUACAUUAUCUGCAGGCAUGUGUUCUCACAACCACAGGCAAGCAACUGCCUAAAUGGGGGUAUGAGCAGCAAGAAGUCGCUUGCAAUCCUAACUUAAGAGACAAAAAUGCUCUAUGGAACGUCGAGGAUAAUAUAUUCGAGGAUUUGCCAAAAGUGAGUUUUGAAGCGUAUGCAUCGGGUUUUGUGGAACGAUUCAUAGAGUCGCAUGCAGUCAUGUUUCAAGGGAAUGCAGGCCUUAAACCAAAAGAGGGCGAGGUCACCUCGCAACCUUGGCAGUGGCCUAUCAAUUAUAGGGGUCAAUUCUUUUCCGGUAGCGCUCAUAGAAUCUACCUACUCGGGAACCCAGUGGUGUGGUGGGGAAAUCUAGUCUUCCUCGUCAUAUUCAUAAUGAUAUAUGUUAUCAAUUCCAUACGGGAUAAAAGGGCGGAAGCACUCGGCAUUCAUUUACAAGAUGGCAAAGAAAGAAGAUUGCUGAACGCUGCCGGCUGGUGCUUCGCCGGGUGGGCGCUACAUUACGUGCCGUUCUGGGCGAUGGGGCGCGUGCUCUACUUCCACCAUUACUUCCCAGCUCUCGUGUUCAGUUCUAUGAUCACAGGUAUCUUAACAGAAUACCUGCUGACCAGUAUAAAGAGCUACUUAAGCACUGAAAUCGGGCGUACCAUGUACCACUGCGUGAUGGGAGUAGCGGUGUCUACCACAGUGUACAGUUUCUACCUGUUUUCCCCUCUAGCGUACGGCAUGAGCGGCCCGCUCGCACACGAACCAAACUCUACCAUGGCCGGUUUGAAAUGGCUCGAGUCAUGGGAAUUUUAAUGAUCUGCUCAAUAAUCAUUAAUAAGAAGUAUUAUAGAAAUGUUGCAUUUAUAGGUUAAAAGAUUACAAUAAAUUUAUUUAAUAUUUUAGUAAAAAAUUUAAAAAAAUCCUUUAAAAAUGGUAUUACACAAAAAACCAAGACACAAGUACUUACGAACAAAUUUUUAAUUAUAUUUGGUAGAUUUGUUUUCGAAGCUACGGUGAUAUUUACAAUUACGCUAUAACAGUUUUUUUGUGUGUCGGGCUUUAAUAUGUAAUAAUACUCAUUUGUUUCUGGUUGUGAUAUAGGUGUUUUGUAUACAUGUUUUAUCAAUA